UCUCUCCCAGUCCGUCCCAGUGUACCCAGUCCGUCCCAGUUACCGGUGGGUGCUGCAGGUGGUGUCCCGCUUUAACCGCCUGCGGCAGGACCAGCGGGGCUUGGCCUCCAAAGCGGCCGAGCUGGAGCUGGAGCUCAACGAGCACAGCCUGGUGAUCGAGACCCUGCGGGAGGUGGAUCCCACCCGGAAGUGUUUCCGCAUGGUCGGGGGGGUGCUGGUGGAGAGGACGGUCAAGGAGGUGCUGCCUGCCCUGGAGAGCAACCGGGAGCAGGUCUGGGACCCCUUAAAAACCCACUGGGACCCCUUAAAAACCCACUGGGACCCC